CUUUACCGCUGUUUCGCUAGUUAGCUUUGGAAAAAAGCCGGUAUGGGUUGAUACAGUAGAAAUUAAUUGGAUCCAUUACGACACGGCACUGCAUGAAUAAUUGCAAGACCGUCGCCUAAUUAUUUUUUCGCGAUAACUUUAUUAAUAUAGCUGCGCCUUGUGAUGAUUUGCUUUUGCACCUGCCUUAACAGCGCUGAAAAAAAUCGGCCGUUUAUUUAUGGAAAGAAUUGGACAUAUUUUGCGUUCCUUAUUCUUUUGAAUUGAACUGAAAAUGACAGUCGAAAUCUUUGGAAGAAGUUGUUCCUACGCGUACGGACCCGAAUCAUUUAUAGGAAAAGGAAGUAAUGGAAUUGUAUACAAAGCGGCGAUUACGGAGCAUGGUAAUUUUGCUGGAAGCAAGGAGGUAGCGGUGAAGGUUAUGCAUCAAAAUUUCGAAAGCAUGGACUACCAUAAACGAAUAUAUGCAUCGAGAAUAAACAAAUUGCUGGGAAUGGAGCAUCCCCGUCUACUGAAGUACCACAAAGCAACGUUCUUUCGGGAGAUUGGUGGCUCCUCCAUCGAACUGCUUAUGGAUUUCUUCCCAGACGGCAACUUGGACCGGCUGCUUAAGCGAAUCCAGAAAAGUGGUCGUCCACUGCAUCCGGCGAAAGCUAUCUCGCAUGCGGCGGACAUUACGGAAGGCUUGAAAUAUCUGCAUGAGCGGCAAAUUAUACAUUGUGAUUUAAAGUCACAAAACAUCCUAGUCGACAGUAAUGAACGACUUCUGAUCUGCGACUACGACGACUUUGUUCAACUUCGAUACGACGUAACAGUUGGUGGCGACAUAACUCACAUGAGGGGAACUGCUCGCUACAUGUCACCAGAACUGGCUGCACUUGCAGUUGGCGUUGAAUCAACAGAGGGACCUGUUGGAAGAAAAACGGACAUUUGGAGUCUAGGCUGCAUUCUUCUUCAGCUCGCACAGUUAACUGUGUCAACACACACCCAUUGGUCAAUUGAAAAAGACGGACAUGUACUGGACACCCUGAACCUUAGUGAUCAGUUUUUCAUGCUUAGAAUGGCUGACGGCUAUGUCCCCGUUGUUGAUGAGAACAUUCCAGCGGAAGUGGCUGCAUGGGUUAGACAAUGUUUACGCAUCCACAGCAAUGAGAGAAUCAGCGCAAGUCAGCUUUUGGAUUUGUUAAGAUACAGCCAGGCUAGUUCGCUCAGUGUAACCCCCGGAUUUCCGGAAGCCAUAGCAAAUGCACAGCUUGGCGAAGUAGAACCUGAGUUGAUCAUUAACGAGGAGUCUUUCGGCAGUAAUUGUGAAUGCAGCUAUUUAAUGCGUGACUGCAUCGGAUACGGAGCUAUCGGUCAAGUCUAUAAAGCAAAAAUUACAGCAGCAGGAAACUUUUCCGGGAACAAUACGGUGGCUGUUAAAGUCGUUCAUCUGGAUAAUCAAAACCGUUAUCUGCAAUCGAACCAAAACUGGCCGAAACUUCGCAAUCGACUGGUGACGAUAGUCAAUAUUCGCAAUAAAAGCUUACUAGCCUACCAUAAAUUCACCGUUUUUAAAACGGAUCUUGGAAUGCCAUACAUUGAACUGAUGAUGGAUUACUGCGAUGAUGAUCUUGAAAAACUGCUUAAACGGCUGAGAACCGGCAGUGUGCCUUCCGAAGCAACAACCCUUAAGUUCACCACGGCUAUUCGCUACGCACUGGAUAUCACCAGCGGCACAAACUUUCUGCACCAGAAUAAAAUCAUCCAUGGCGACCUGAAACCAAAAAAUAUUCUGGUGAAGGAAACAGAAGGCCGCUACAAGCGACUGCUGAUUGGAGAUUUGGACGAGCAUUGGCAGAUAACUGGAACGGUGACCCGGUUAAAAGAUGUUCCGCAUUUUCAUGGAACAAUCCGUUAUUUACCCCCGGAAAUGUUUAAAAGAUUCGGAACAGCUUCCCAAGUAAGUAGUGAAGAAAGAAAUAUAAAUACAGGACGCAAAAUGGACAUCUGGAGUCUGGGUUGCAUAAUGCUAGAUCUGGCUGACUGCAUCGCAAAAAAUGACGAGAAAUGGCUGGAGAAAAACGAGUGUGAACGAUCGGAAAAGAUUGUAGCCGGGAAGAGCAUUACGGACCAUGUUUUUGAAGAGAAGCUGGUGAACGGUUUCGUUCCGCUCGUGCCGGAUUUUAUUCCAGGCUAUUUUUCCAGCUGCAUUCGUCAGUGUUUGCGCGCAGCUAGCGAAGAACGACCUUCGGCGGAACAGCUCUUGUCACUGCUGGAGAAAGCUGAUAAGAAGGUGCCGAAGGAGCUGUUUGUCUUCUUCCACGGCCAACAGGGAAGUCAGUUUUCACCUAUGCUAAAGCAGUCAUUUGAGCCCCUAACCGGCACACUUCGACCGCUGCUGUUUCACAGGAGUUUGAAGAACAUGCAUUUUCGCCAUGGUUUAUUCACAUUGGGCAAUGCAGUCGUCUGUCAAUCACAAAAUAAAGAAAACGGGCAAGAGCAUACAAUAGUAUUCGACGUCGCCCAAGAGAGCUGGCAUACAACGACAACCGAAAGGGCAGGACUGGGGAUACCUGCAAAAUUUACAGUAAGCAUUGACGAUCAUGUGUACUUCUGGGAUGAAGAGGAUGUUCAAGCACCGUUCAAAAGGCUGGACGGUAGAAAGUUUUCGACAUCUCCGCUUCCCAUGCCGCACUGGAUCAGAAGAGUUGACCGGAUGGUCUGCACCAAGCACGAAAUCUUUGUAAUCGGGGCACCAUCCAGUGAAAAUGUUGGAUUGGUGGAGCGCUUUGAUAUGAUAACAAAGCAAUGGGGACUACCCGGUUCAGUUGCAUCACUGCCGGAUGACCGUGUCGGCUUCGCUGCCGUUGCUUUCAAUACAGAGCUGUAUUUGCUAGGCGGUCAAACCAACUCUGAUUCAUCACUCCAACUGCUAAAAUCGUGCGUCCGAUUGGACUGUGAAACCAGCCAAUGGGUGCAGGUUGGUGACCUUUUGCACGCCCGAACCAACCACUGCGCGUUCGUUUAUCAAGACCAAGUGUACGUUUUCGGCGGACGCAUGGAUGGUCAGGACGGUCUAGCGCAAAUAAUGGAGGUGUACGAUGCGAAGAGAUGUCAGUGGUCCACCUUUCCGCUGCCCGACUUGGACGAUAUUGAUAUGGAUCCAAACCUUAAUGUUUCUUAUGUCGUCAGAGUUGAUAUCAACGGCAGUCAGUCCCACUAACUCGGCACUGCCAAAGCUAAUACAGGCGGAACUCAGUAAUUUUUUCGUUUUUGUUUCACCCGGUUCACCUAAUUGUAAGCUUGCAUAUAAUAGUUUGUAGUAAUCGCAGUUAUUUCUUUAAGCAAUAUAGGCUUCUCACCUUCUUCUCUAAACGACUUUCUGUAUUACUGGAGUUUUUCUGAAUACCAAUCAUAUCUCUGGAAAAAACGGCGCACUACUCUCAACCAAAUUAGGCGAACCUUUUCAUCGGAUACACUUUUGUCUUUGUCAUUUUAACGUACGAAUGCGGGAAGUAUUCAGGGACCAUCGAUUUGUUGUGAUUGAGUAUUUACUGUAACUACAAUAUUGUUUAUUUAUGCCUUUAAACCGCAAACGGUGCGUGUACUAGAAGAUAGUAAAGCAUGUGUUGUCG